AUGGAAAGGACUUCAUUGGAGUUUGCUUGGAGUAUACAUGAUAACAAAGUUAAUGUGCAUAUGGGGCCGAUUGGAGAGCCAAAAGAGUGGGAUAAAAGACACAGUAAAGAUAUACCUUCAAAUAAACAAUCAGAGAUUAAAGUGACAAUUGAAGAAGAAAAAUGGUUUAAAAUUGACGAACCCUUAAUUUUUUAUGGUGAAGGAGAAAACCCGAAAUGUUAUACAAGAGGAAAGAGAAUUAAACCGAAAGCUUGGGAAAUUGUUGGGGGAGAAUAUGAAGGAGGAUUUAAUUAUUUAUUUGUUUUUUAUUUGCUUCCACAAAAGGCUACUUUUAAACAUAGCUGUUCUCUUGGAAGUUGUAAAGGUAUUAUUAAGGAAUCGCCUAAUGGACCGAAUUGUAAAGAAAUUCAAAUUAAAUUUAAUGGCUCUAAUUACAAACUUUUAAUGAAUGGGGAAAAUGUUGAACAAUCAACAACUUUAAAUAUUUCAACUUUCCUCUCAACAACAAAUAUUCCAAUUAAUUCUACAAAUAUUCAAACAACAAAUAUUUUAACAACAAAAGAAGAGGAGGGGGGUAGUGCAAAAUGGUUGUUAAUUGGGGGAAUUGGUGGAAGUAUUUUAAUAAUUUUAAUAAUUGGAGGUGUUAUUUUAUUUAUUCUAAUGAUUAGUAAAAAUAAUAAAGAAGGGAAUAAUGAGGAGACAAAAGGGGAAAGUAAUGUUGUUAGGGGAAUGUCAACAACAAAUGUUGGAAUGACUACAACAACAACAAAAAACACAACAAAAGGAGGAAAGACAACAACCACAACAACGAAAGGAGAAGAAAGUAAAGGAGAAGGAGGGGGGAAAAGUACUAAAAAUAUUAGUAGUAAUGCUAGUACAAAAAAGUAA